CACCUGAAUGCACCACUAUCAACAGCGUCUCGGAGGUCCCCUCGUCGAACGGGUGAACUGCGCAUGUGCAUGACCGAGCUCGUUCGGAAGCAAAGUCGGGCUAAUCCAAGGGGUCCACAUCAAACAGAACGAUAAUAAACGACAGUCGGCCCCUGGCGCAAGAGCCAUGUCGGGCUUUCUGGACGGAAUCCGCUGCGGAGACUGCGAGUGCAAUGUGGACUGGGGCGAGAGGAGAAACACCAUCGCAUCUGUAGCCGCUGGAGUGCUGUUCUUCACUGGCUGGUGGAUCAUCAUCGACGCGGCAGUGAAAUAUCCUGAUCAGGGGCAGUUUCACCAUGCCUAUCACACUUGUGGAGUCAUCGCUACGGUGGCUUUUCUCAUGAUAAAUGCUGUUUCAAAUGGCCAAGUGAGAGGAGACAGCUACAGCGAAGGCUGCAUUGGACAGACAGGCGCACGAGUGUGGCUCUUCAUCGGUUUCAUGCUGGCUUUUGGUUCUCUCAUUGCCUCCAUGUGGAUUCUGUUUGGAGGCUUUGUGGUGCCUCAGAAACCUGUUGUGUACCCGGGUAUUGCCAUCUUCUUUCAGAAUGCAUUCAUUUUCUUUGGGGGUUUGGUCUUCAAGUUUGGCCGUACGGAGGAUCUGUGGCAGUAAUGCACUGUGUCUUUAUGUCCACUGUUAAACACUUACAACUUUUGUAGCAUCAAAAUUAACAUGUUUAAUUUAAACCAUUGGCUGUAUAAUGGCUAAAUCAUAGCUGACCACAAUUGUAAUAGAUUGAAUAUUUUCAAAUGAAGCACAUCUUUAAGUGUAGCCAUGUAGUCAGAACGGUUUACAACUUGUGUAUGACCAAAUGUGUAUUUUGGGAGAUGUACUUCCCUGAACUGAACUGUCCAUUUUCCUUUGGGUAUACUGACUGCUAUGAUGUCAUUUAAUUUGAACUGUUUAUUGAGGGGAAAAUACAUAAAUUAUUAUCAUACAAAUCAUAUUGAGAGCAAUGUUUCAAAAAUACAGUACACAUCCAGUACACAUAAACUGAAUGUUUGUAAUUCUGUUGAAAUAACACUGUCCACUCUGAAGCUUUGCCAUCAUCCAGUUUUAUUGUUGAAGAUUUGUGUUUCACUGCUUCACUCACUUGUAUCCAUUUUGCUUGUGUAACAUCAUAACCAAAGUUAUUUUCUGACAACUAUCGCAACAUUAAACAUAAACCUACUGGACAUUAAAA